UGAUGGGAUACCUACAUCCGGUUGAAGGGUUUUAAGGUCCUGAUAGCGCGGAGUGGAACAUUGUCGCAUAGUUGGAAAUCGCGGAGUUAGCAGGACAGCAACCUAAUAUUUUCAAUAUGUCUGGAAGAGAUGGAGGAAAAAAGAAGCCACUGAAGGCACCCAAGAAAAAUGCAAAAGAGAUGGAUGAUGAUGACAUGGCCUUCAAACAGAAACAGAAGGACGACCAGAAGGCUAUGGAGGCCCUGAAGGCCAAGGCUUCAGGAAAAGGACCUUUAACUGGUGGAGGAAUCAAGAAGUCUGGGAAGAAAUGAAGAUCUGUGAAGACCACGUUACGAAACUGGGGAACACCUCAGAGAAAUCUCCCCCUCCUUUUUUUUUUAUUAGGGUCCAGAUUUGGAAUAUUUUUAAUACAGUUGACAGGAUUAUUUCAUGGCUCUUGUAAAGAGAAACAUCAGAAAUAAAGUUGUUGGCAUCUAGUGAAAUUUUGCCUCUGUAAAGUCAUGUGACUUUGAUUGAACACAACUUAUAAUAGCAUGGGCCUAGCACUGUCUGCACGCUACAUGUAACCGCAGAGGACCAGGGGUAUAUGUCUAAUGGGCAUCCUAAUGCUCCAGCUUAGCCAUUUUAAACUUCAGCAUCUUUAUUUCCAAGUUCAGCUUCUCACGUUCAAGCAGAAGGUUCCCCUUCUUCAUUUCCUGUAGGUCCUCACGCCACCCUGUGGUGUCCAACAGUUCGGUCUUGUCAACAAUAUUCUGUUCCCCAGAACCUAAAAAAAAAAACAAGAACAAAAUUAUUUUUGGAAUUUAUCCAAAUCUCUGAAGUGAGGAUGCUCACAAUAACGCUUGAGUGCAUCUAUAUGCCUGUGUACUGAAAUUCAUGUAUAGAUGUUCAUUUGGUGGUGAUGUGUGGGUGUGUGUAUAUUUGUUUGUUGAAUGACUGUUGCUAUGGGUAUGGUUGAAGGGGAAUGUUUGAGAAUAAACUACAGUUGCGCUGCUUA